UUUUGACUUCUGUGCCACAACAUUUAAAUGAGCUAUACUCACCCAAGGUGACCUUGGGUGUCUUGAAAGGCGCCUCUAAAUUAAAUGUAUUAUUAUACUCGGCCACAUUUGGUGUUGUACAAUGGCGACACCUAUUGUGACAUACCAUGUCUUGCGCAUGCGCCUUGAGUUUGCAUUUUGGUUUCCAUGGAGGCAGAGUUGUCGCUGCUGUGUAAAUGUAGGAAGGAGAGGUGGGUGAGUAAUGUGUUUAAAUUAAACGGGAACCGUUUAUUUGACAUGGGGUUAUCGUCUAGAUAUUUCUACAUGAAUACACGGAAUGGGCAUUUCUGUUUACCAAACUGCUCAAGCUGAUACUAAUGACAAUUGUUAUGUCUGUAACCUAGUUGCACUAGUUGAUCCUUGAACAUGGUUGGAAUUGGGGAUGUUGACAUGUCCGGUAGGCUAUUCAUUGGAUACAACGUCAAAUGAAACGCAGGUCUACACAUCAGCAGAAAGUGGGCAACGCUGUUAACUAACUCCAUCCCCUCAUUUUGUAAACCUGCAACAUGUUAUUUAUUUGUGCAUAGGAAUCUGACCUAAAAUCACAGAUCGAUGAGAUGUAAACAAAUACACGAUGGAAAUGUUCCCGAAGGGAGAGAAAAUGAGAAUGCUGCAAAAAGAACCAUCGAAACCACCUUCAACGCAAUCUCCGCCAAACUCUGACACGGAGAGCCUGGUCCAGGGUAGGGCCUGCCACCGACCAGCAGUGCACCACGGUGAAGCUCGCACGGUGCGAUGCAUGGAUAUUGGGGACAGCCUUGAGGCUGAAACGGGAGAAAGAUCGGAGGUGCACCAGGGUGGAGGGAGAAGCCUCGAGAGCUCUACUGAUCGGUUUGAAGUGAGGAGUUCAACACCUUUCCCCACCAGAGAUCAAGAUGCCUAUCAUGAAAUUGGUGGAACACAAGCUACAGGGCUCCUCCGAGACCUGCCCUCUGAUGCCUACUCGGACCUGCGCUACGACCCCGACUGGCGCUCCAAUCUCGAGGCAUCGGAGCGCUUCAGCGACAGCCCCCUGCACCAAGAGGAGCAUCGGCCACAUCGGCCGGGCUCCCCACGGAGGUCUGGGGGUACGGGAGAAGAGCUGGUCAUAAAAGGAGGCUACGAGUACGUCGUCACCUCCAGUCCCUCUCUUCCCCCCGGCCCACCGAGCGUGGCCCAGGAGGAAGCCCAAGGGUCCUACCAUCUGCACCCUCAGCCCAGCCCGGCCACCGGAGGCGUAUCUGGCAACCCAGGCCAUCCCAGAUCCAGAGUCCUCCUUCUCCCUGUAGCGCACCAGACUCUUGGGAAGGGAGACGCGGCCGUCCAACGGGAGUGUAGCCACAGGGACACCGGGGAGUACCGCAAAGUCCCUGCUCAGCCGAGACAGAACGUGCCGGAAACACAAGAGGCGGCGGCGGUCGGGAAACUGUACAAGAAUACUUCAAAAUAUAAGAGUCCUCUUCUGGCGAACAGAAAUCUUGAAGGCACGAGAGAGGACAUUGUCGAGCGCAACAAAAUCACCCUUGGGCGAAACACAUCCAAAUAUGGCUCCUAUCUAAAGGCUCACACUCACAAGCAGGAAACAGACGAUAUGACGAGGUGGGAGGAGGAAGAGGAGGAAGAGGAGGAGGAGGAGGAAGAGGUCAUCUGGCAUGGAGCCGAGUGCACAGUGGAGGAAGGUUUGGACCAGGAUCUAAGGUGGCUCCAGAAAACACAGCAGCUGAAGGCCUACCAGUCCUCCAGAAGAGACAGGCCCCAGCAGAAGGGGAACCCCAGCCCCCGGAGACCCACCGGAGCUCCCCGCCCUGGGGCCCCUAGCAAGGAACUGAUCUUCAAGAACACGCCCCCUGAGGUUUUGCCGCCCAUUUCCUCCUCUGGUGACUCCGCCUACUCUCAGACACCGGUGACAUCGCCGUCGCCUAUGGCCAACGGCACCGGGUCCUUCUCCACCACAGGCGCGCCUCAGGGUCUCCACAAGGCCAGUUACCGGGACCCCCAGACCGUGGUCGGGUACUUUGACGCCCAGUUCCCCGGGGACGUCCGCGCUUUCAUGCGACCGCUGCGUGGCACCGGUGGGCGGGGUCUCGUGGCGCUUGGCUACCCCCAACCCCAGAGAGGGUAUCCACCGCUGGGCUUCCAGAACAAGACCACCCCAGUGGGAAGCAUGCAACGGGCCCAAGCACCGCAAUGGACGCUCUCCCACAACCAGGAGCAUUUCCUGAUCCAUCCUCCCGACGUAGACGAGGACGUCUUCACCCAAGACGGCCGCAGGUGGACGGGAGAGGUGCAGCUCCGGCGCUCGGGCUCCCACCCGAUCCUGCCACCCAUAGGUGACGACGGGCGGUCGGGUGGGGGGGGGGAGCCCCAGCCACGCUCCGGGUCCGUCAGCCCCCUGAGGAGGAGCUCCGAGCCCCCCUGCCCCAGCGGCUACCUGGCACAGAUGGAGAGGCAGAGGCAGCUCAAGGAGAGAGUCGCCUACAAGGUCUAUACUCUAAAGGACUACAGGCAGCUGAGGCAGGUGGUGAACCUGUGCGGCCUGGGUCCUGAUAAGGCCAAUGAGAAGACAGCAGAGAAAACGAGACGACAGAGGCUGUAUUCAAAUGUGAUCCGGGAGCGGAACAAAAAGACGAGCACGGCCCAUGUCCUCCCGCCCCGGGACCCGGAAGACCCGGACAAGACGGUUCCCAGGAGGAAGGCAUUGGAAUAUGCCAAGAGUAUCGCCAAGCCCCACCCAAAGCCUCGACCUAAAAAGCACCAGGACCAUGCAGGGGGUGGCCUGCACUGUGACGCCCACCUGGAAGGCCUGGAGCUGGCCCAGCUGGAAGCGCUGGAAGACAUGAGGAGACGCCACGAGGAGGAAAAGCGGGCCGUGGCCGCCUUCCAGAAGGGGCGCUUGGUCUGA